AUGCCAGUGGCACUAGUUUUGCUGCUGGCAUUGAGCAGUGUGAUUCCGAUUAACGCGAGAGGUUACGGCGCCGGAAGCGUGUGCGAUCUUGGUCGGAGACCGAACACGAGACCACACAGUGUCUCAAUUUUGGAGUUUGGUGCUGUGGGAGAUGGGAAAACGCUGAACACGCUUGCCUUUCAGAAUGCUGAUCCAUCGCACUGGAAAGUCGUGGAUCCGUUACCGUCAUAUGGCCGAGGCAUUGAUCUACCCGGGAAGAGAUACAUGAGUUUGAUAAACGGCGAUAAGCUACAUGAUGUAGUAGUUACAGGUGAUAACGGUACUAUAGAUGGACAAGGCCUGCUUUGGUGGGAUCGUCGACCACAUCUCGUCGAGUUUAUCUCUUCCGAAAAUGUCGUUGUCUCAAAUCUUACGUUCUUGAAUGCUCCUGCUUAUACUAUCCAUUCGGUUUAUUGUAGCCAUGUAUUGAUUCAUAAAGUAACAGCUAACACUUCUCCAGAAUCUCCUUACACCAUCGGCAUUGUCCCUGAUUCUUCUGAUAAUGUGUGCAUCCAAGAUUGUAGAAUCAACAUGGGAUACGAUGCAAUUUCACUAAAAAGUGGUUGGGACGAGUACGGUACAUCGUAUGCAAGACCAACUGCAAAUGUGCAGAUAAGAGAUGUUUACCUCCGAGCAGCUUCAGGUUCCUCUAUUUCCUUUGGCAGUGAAAUGUCAGGUGGCAUAUCUGAUGUCGUGGUCCGAGACGCGCACAUACACAGCUCCUUCUCCGGGAUUGCCUUUAGAACAACGAGAGGAAGAGGCGGUUACAUUAAAGAGAUCGAUGUUUCCAACGUCCACAUGGUUAACGUUGAUACUGCGUUUUUGGCCAAUGGUAGCUUCGGGACUCACCCGGAUUCCGGUUUCGAUGCAAACGCUUUCCCUCUGGUGAGUCACAUCAGGUUACGUGACGUAUACGGAGAGAACAUAAGCGUCGCCGGAUGUUUCUUUGGAACCAAAGAGUCUCCUUUCACUUCGGUUUUGCUGUCGAAUAUCUCUCUGUCGAUGAAGAACUCGGGUUCUUCUGAUGAUUCUUGGCAAUGCUCAUAUGUUGAAGGCUCUUCGGACUCCGUUGUCCCUGAACCAUGCUCAGAGCUCGAAAGUUCCUAUGGCAUAGCUGUGGCCUUCGUUCCCACCUAA